AUGUCCCAAUCCUUGCGACCGUAUCUCCAGUGCGUCCGGUCAUCGUUGACUGCGGCGCUCGCCAUAUCCAACUUUGCGUCCCAAACCUCCGAGCGACAUAACGUACCCGAGAUCGAGGCCGCGAGCUCCCCCGAACUCCUCCUCAAUCCAUUGACUAUCUCCCGCAACGAGAACGAGAAGGUCUUGAUCGAACCCAGUGUGAACAGCGUGCGUGUUAGCAUUCGGAUAAAGCAGGCGGAUGAAAUUGAGCAUAUCCUUGUCCACAAGUUCGAACGCUUCCUGACUCAACGCGCGGAAUCUUUCUUCAUCUUACGAAGAAAGCCUGUGAAGGGUUACGAUAUCUCUUUCCUCAUUACGAACUUCCACACAGAAGCCAUGCUGAAGCACAAACUGGUUGACUUCAUUCUUCAAUUCAUGGAGGAGGUGGAUAAGGAAAUUUCUGAGAUGAAGCUUUUCCUGAAUGCUCGCGCUCGAUUCGUUGCUGAAUCUUUCUUGACACCGUUCGACUAG